AUGAAAGACGAUCUUUUGCUGAGGACUAUUCUGUUACUCAUCAUCAGUCUGUCUUGCGAUACUCACGAACAAGUGCUGUUAACCAACUUCAACUUUCUGUCUGACGGGAUCGAAGUGGCCCAACACUCUGACCUGUCUCCUAAGUCUGGCAAUGUUAUCGAGAGCUCAUUGCAGCUUCAAACUGUUGCUUCAUGGGCAGACAACUCGUCAAGAUGGCAUGAGAUCGGGUUCAUCUUGCUCGCUUACAGUCUCGCGGAUGGUUCUCGAUGCUUCCUGACGGCUGCGAGGCUCUCUCGCGACUUCAAGUUUGCACAAGAUGCCGGAGUUGCGAUGAGAUUGUUAGGAAAGAAAUCGCUAUCAGCAGGAUAUGCGCGGCGUUCGGUCAUUGGCAUGUCACAAGGGAAGUCCCACCCGACCUGUUUGCUCAACUAUGCUUCUGUUCUGUCAGAGAUGAAGAGGGGGAAGAUGUCGCUGAUGAACUGGGAUGAGUACAAGAGAGACCUCAACCUUCUGACGCACCUUCUAGUCCAAGAUACGAGUAUGAACACAUCAUUCAUCAAUCCCUGGGAGGCUCUAAUGGCCCCCUUGCCGUUACACCUGGCCAACAAGAUAGCCAGGUUGUUCGCAGUCAAGAUGAUGUACGAAUAUCAGACUCAAGUCAUGACUUGGUCGUCGCUUCCCGUCCUCGUCGACAAGCUCGUAGUAGCUGUUGUGAUGAACGAUGUGAGCGAGAAGGGGUUGCACGGGCUGGUUGCCAGGGCGUUCGAAGGCAGCGACAAUCCUGGGAGAGAAGGAGUUAGGAUCCGAUACAUGUUCGUGGUGUGGCAGGAAACGCAAGACACGCUGCUUGCGGGCGUUUGUACGAACAACCUCCUCGUCCUGCCCCCCAGCAUGUCUCCUCAACAUGCAGCCGCCGUCAUCAACAACCUCAAAGCACAUGUCGUGCUGGACUUGUUGGGUUGGCUGCCUGUCGGCAGAAAGUUCUCGACACUGGAGACACUCUUGCUGCUCAAACCGGCUGCUCUGCUAGUACACGCUCACGGCUUCUACUCGUCUCUCGGGGGUGUAGUCGACUACCUAGUCACUGAUCCUAUCGUCUUCCCUCCCGAGCAUGUCGAUUCCUCGCUCUCAGCAGAGUCUCUCGUCCUCCUCCCUCCCUCCUUCCAGUUCAACUCGCUCCCUCAUCUCCACCCUCAGCUUGCCGUGGGCCCCCGAGAUUUCCCGGGCGAGAAGGCGAUGGAAAGUUGGCGGACAAACUUGAUGUCCUCCGUUGACUUUGUGAACUUGACGAGAAAGCAACACAAGAACACUUUUGUCUUCUGUGCCAUCCAUGAGUACUACAAGAUCGAUCCGGAGAGCUUCAUGCUGUGGGUUGAAUUGUUGAGAUUGCUACCAAACUCGUGA